ACACGUGGAAGUACAAGUGAAGUGCAGAGGGAGUGGCGGAUAGAGGGGCAGUGCUACGGUGAAGCAAAGCUUCCGGAAUUCAUCCGGAAGUUUUGCUUCACCCAAGCAUUACCCCGGAUAGAGAGUGAAGGAGCAGUGCUACGGAGGAGUAAAACAUCCGGAAUCCAUCCGGAAAUUUUACUUCAUCUAAGCUUUACCCGAGAGUGAAGGGGUAGGGCAUGGGGCGUGGUGAAACGCCGAGUAGUAGAGUGAGGCCGCAGUUCGUUCUAGUCCACGGCGCAGGGCAUGGGGCGUGGUGCUGGUACAAGAUCCGGUCUCUGUUGGAGACGUCAGGCCACGAGAUCACGUGCCUCGAUCUUAAAGGUUCAGGAAUUGAUCCAUCAGAUCCCAAUACCAUCUUCACUUUGGAAGACUAUGAUCAGCCUCUUGCUAACUUCUUAUCCAACUUGCCCCAAAAUCAAAAGGUAAUAUUGGUGGGACAUAGUGCGGGAGGUCUGAGCCUGACGGACGCAAUACACAGGUUCCCUCACAAAAUUCACAUGGCCAUAUACGUUGCAGCCAACAUGUUGAGGCAUGGUUUCUCCACGGAUCAAGAUCGCAAAGAUGCUGAGCCAGAUUUAUCAAGUUAUGGGAAUGUUAGUGAGAUAGAAUAUGGGAUGGGCCCUGAUGAGGCUCCUACAAGUGUCAUAAUGAAAGAGCAGUUUCGACGCCAAAUACUGUAUAAUAUGAGCCCUAAAGAGGACGCCAUCUUAGCAUCAAUGCUUCUUCGAGCUGCACCGGUGAGAGCAUUUAGAGGAGCUCGUUUCGUAGGAGGAGCAGAUGCUGAUAGAGUGCCUCGCAUAUACAUCAAGACAAUGCACGAUCGAGUUCUCAAGCCUGAGCAACAAGAUGCUUUGAUCAAAAGGUGGCCGCCAUUCAAAGUCUUUGUUUUAGAGAGUGAUCACAGCCCCUUCUUCUCCACCCCCUCUGCGCUCUUUGCCUUUCUACUUGAAGCAGCAGCUUCCGUCAAUUGCAUUUAAUUUUGCGUGUGUUCAGCACACGGUGCUUCCUAUGGGGUUAUUCAUUGCUCAAGAGAUAGAGCAUGAAAACUAAAGGUUUCAUGGAAGGAUAGAGAUUCCAGCAAUUCGGACCGUAAAUGUGACAGAUUUUAUGGGGUCUCGGGUAACUGAGUAGUCCCCUAUAUUGUUCCAGUCGAAUUUCAACAUUAAUUUUGUAGA